ACCGCGACUCAUGAGGAAUACGCAUCAUGUUUGCACAGCCUACUCUGUGAUGCAAGCUGUCUAAUAAAGGUCUAUGCUCCGUGUAAUCGAGCGUCAUAACACAGAUGCAUCUGUUCGUAGAUGGCUGUCUUCUCUUUCCCCAUACUGGUUCUCUGCGAACCCAUGCAUUUGGAAGGUUACCAGAAAUAAUCGCACUAUUGCAGAACGGGUUCUGUAGUUAACGGUUUUAUUCAGCCACUUUGGAGCGAACUCGAUGACCAUGGAAUCAGCUGUGGAGUCACAGCAGGGUGCGGACGCUGCUGUCUCCGAGGCCGACAGCGCGCAGAUCACCCAGGCGCAGAUCGCCAGCCUGGCGCAGGUUACCAUGGCAGCCGCGCACGCCACCUCAGGCGGCCCCACGGUGACGCUGGUGCAGCUGCCCAACGGGCAGACGGUGCAGGUGCACGGGGUCAUCCAGGCCGCCCAACCCUCUGUCAUACAGUCCCCGCAGGUGCAGACCGUCCAGAUCUCCACCAUUGCGGAGAGUGAGGACUCGCAGGAGUCUGUGGACAGCGUGACGGACUCUCAGAAGCGCCGCGAGAUCCUGUCCAGACGACCCUCCUACAGGAAGAUCCUGAAUGACCUGUCAUCAGCUGACGCGCCGGGGGUCCCGCGAAUCGAGGAAGAGAAAUCUGAGGAAGACUCCGCCCCCUCCAUCACCACGGUUACCGUGCCCACGCCCAUCUACCAGACCAGCAGCGGCCAGUACAUCGCCAUCACACAGGGCGGGGCGAUCCAGCUGGCCAAUAACGGCACGGACGGCGUGCAGGGGCUGCAGACGCUGACCAUGACCAACGCAGCCGCCGCGCAGCCGGGCACCACCAUCCUGCAGUAUGCGCAGACCAGCGACGGGCAGCAGAUCCUGGUGCCCAGCAACCAGGUGGUGGUGCAGGCUGCCUCCGGCGAUGUCCAGGCCUACCAGAUCCGCACCGCCCCCACCAGCACCAUCGCCCCGGGCGUGGUGAUGACAUCAUCAUCCGCCCUGCCCAGCCAGGGAGGGACCGAGGAGGUGACACGCAAGCGGGAGGUGCGGCUGAUGAAGAACAGGGAGGCAGCGCGCGAGUGUCGUAGAAAGAAAAAGGAGUAUGUGAAGUGUCUGGAGAACCGUGUGGCUGUGCUGGAGAACCAGAACAAGACCCUGAUCGAGGAGCUGAAAGCACUUAAAGACCUGUACUGCCAUAAGUCCGAGUAGCCCCACCUCGGCCCUGGCCCCGCCCGCUCCCCUCCUAGCUUCUGCCCAACUGUACAGAGACCCCGCCCCCAGCCGACCGCCUGGCCACAGACAGACAGACAGACAGACAGACGGACAGACGGACAGACGGACGACGGAGACUUGGUUUUUUUCUAAAUGUUUUUUAACGCUACAAACUGCCUAUAAAAAAAUACAGGAACGCAAACAGGGAAAGGGUCUCCCUUUACUGCUGAGCUUGGCCUAUAAAAAGAAAGAAAAAAAAAAACACACAGGGUGUGUGAGAUGAACUCUUGACCGUAGAUAUCCAUUUUCUAUUUCUUCUGGUUACCAGGAGCACAGAGAGGGGAAGGGGUGGUGAUGUGCAGGGGGACAGGAUUUGGCGGUGGAGAUGGUGAGAUGAUCAGGUCCAUCGGGGAGGAGGAUGGACUCCUUCAGCGGUGCGUUCCAGUUCGGUCCCCAGACGGCUGGGCCUCGGCUGAGAAAGGAACACAUUUCCUGUGGAAGGAAAUCAGCCGAUUCAUCCCCCCGACCCCCCAAAUACCGCCCCCUCUUUUUCAACCUCAUGCGUUGACCAAUGAGAGCGGUGGAAUGAGCGGUGAUGUCAUCACUCCCAGUGCCCCUGGCGUGAGAGUUUCCCGUGGGUGGUGUACAUCUGUUACAUCUUUGGAGGAGAGCAGAACAAGGAUAGUCAUCAUACGUGAUAUCUCCCGUUUCAGUAUUUUUUUAAAUUUUUUUUUUACCCUUUUUGUACCUUUCAUUUCAGUGUUUUUUUUUUGUUUUUUUUGUUACCUUACAUGUGUAACAGAAAUGCCUGAUCCAUAUUAACAGUUGACAUGGACUCUGGAGUGUGCAUACAUGUACUGCACACCUGUCACGUUUCUUUCUCACCCCACAGAGCACCGUGCGUUCAUUUCAGCAUUGCUCCCAAUAUUGCGAGUCAGAUGUAUUCCCUUUGGGGAAUGUGAGUGAUUCUACCACGGAGAUGGGAGAAUAAGGCCGGCUCAUUACACCCCGUCUGCAGCCAGACUGGCUGAUUAUAUGCCUUUUCCACUGUACAGCUGGAGCCAGGCACGCUCAAUAGCCCUCUCCCACUGUAUCAAUCAACUGUAACAAAAGCAGCAUAGCCAUGCAAUUUACAGACUCCAGGACCGCGGUUCAGCCAUGACCGGUCAUGUUCAGCUGCUAAUCCAGCUGCGAAGCCAAUGCCCUGGGAAAGGCCAGAUAGUGGUUCACAAAACCUGGAUCACCUUCUUCAACAACCGAGAGAGAAAUCCUUUCUUUUCAGCUAUGUUGUCAUUUGGAGCCGGUGUUCAUAUUUAGUAUUUUCUUUUCCAUAUUUACAGUUUUUAAUUCAUUUGCAAUUAUUUACAUUGCAUUACAAUCACUUAUUUUCAACCAACAAGGAAUUUGUAUUGGGAAAAAAAAAAAAAAGGUGUGCUGCAGCAAAUAUGAGUUUUUUGGCAGCUAUUUGACAAAAAAGGCCUUUUGAACAUAGAGUGUUUUUGGGUGUUCUUUUCUGUUGUGUGUGUAUAAGAAGCUGAGAAUGUCAGAUGAGCAUUUGGUGCCAGUCUGGUGUAAUGUUCCAUGUAUGUACUGUACAGAUUCCGCAUCCUUUUGAAAUGACAAGUGAAUAUAUUGAUAUUAAGAUUCAAAAAUAUAAUUUAGCCUCACUCUGGCCUAAAGCAUAACACCUGUUUAGCUCUGCAAGCUAUUUUAACGGCAACUAUUUUAACAUGAAAAUCCAGCAUUAUGAAACACAAUUAAAAUAGCACCUGUAUUGGAAUGGUGUAUAUGGUACCAUAUGGGACACCUGUGAAGUUCACAGUAAUACGAACUGUACACAAAGGGAAUUCUGGGGAAGUGAAGUCGAAACCUUAAAUUAAAGCAGCUUUGCUUUGGUGCAGCACCUUUGAAAGAUGUUACAGUCUAGCUUCACAGCAGCAUGUUUCCCUGAUUAGUUAUUACUUUUUGACUGCUUAUUUCUGAUUACUCAAUACUUUAAUAUCAUCAGAUCUAAUGUGUGAUUUGGUUAAUUGUGGGUCAUUUUUACAGUUUGGUUAUCUUCAUUCUCAGGACUAAGGUAGCCGCUAAAUUAGUGGCGUCUUGUGGGUCCACAAGUAGUCGAACAAAACAAGUCUGUGUUCUAUGUUGUAACAGCCUAUAGUCCCGUGUCCACUUUAUUAUCAACGCUUCUGUUGCUCUGCUGUGUAACAAGCCUUUCGAAGUGGCUCUGUCCAAACCUAUUUCAAGCAGUUACGAAACUAUAACAAAUUAAGAUUUUACAAAGUCAUGAGCUGGGACCUCAGAAUUUGUUAUGUGUUAUAAAUGGUAUGAGGGAAAUGCUUAACGAGAUGAGAACCCACAUAGUCACUUUUUUUAAUAUGCAUAUGAACUAAUAACUGCUUUGCUUGCUUUAUUUUUAUACAUUAAAGGAUUGUUAAUGUACGGCAUUUUUAGAAGUGUUUAAUAUUUGAAGAAUUUUGCAGGGCGUGGGGGAGGGGCGAGCGUUUGGUUUUGGUCACAGAGAGAAAAGCAUAAACUUUGACCCCCGUCAGAACCACUUCUUGACUUCAGACAAGCCCUGAAAGGAAAAGAAAGGCACCUUGAUCCAUGAGCCUUUGGCAGGUGAACGGUGUGAUGGUCCUGCACAGCUGAGUGAGAUUGGGUUCUCUGGCCCAGUGAGAAACGCAUUAUACUGAGGCCUGCACCUGCGGCUCAUGUCUAAGCUCUUGCACCAGGGGGUUGGUGGAGUGUGGCCGAGAUUGGAUACAAACGCACACAUCUCACAAGGUUAAACAGGGUAAUGGGUGUAUGUACAUGGACAGUAGCAUACAUCUGCCUUCUGUUUACAAUGGAUACUGGACAGAUAAAAAGGGAAUAAAAAACGAUAUAUUAUUCGUAAUACAUAUGCAUGUGUGUGUACAUACACGUGCAUACACAUUAAAUGAACACACACACACACGCACGCAUGCAGGCCCAGGUGUACUGUAGGAGUCACACCGUUUCACCCCACCCCAGUCCCAUUGGGGUGUCUCUGUUGGUUUUGGUGCUGUUUGGACUGGGUGAGGCUCUGGCAUGAUAAGCAGGCCCAUAUGGAGACCGUCAGAUGGGACGUAUGGAGGAAAACAUGACCUGGAUUCAUAACUCGCAUUAAAAAAGGACCUGGGGUUCUUCUUUUUUUAACCUUAUGUGCUCUGUAUAAUGCCGAUUUUAUUCAAUAUUAAAUAUGAUUUUUAAACACUAUGUAUUGUACAUUCUGUAAUCCUGCUAACCGCUUUGUUGUUGUGUUUCAGUCGCCCCGCAGUGCUCUGUAUAUGCCGAUCGUCUGAUUGGCAAACGGACUCAUAGGUUAUGCAUUACCACUAACAAAGAACAGAAAACCUGUGCCAGCCCUAGUUUUAAAGCAUCCUAUGACACCAGCCUGUUGUAAUACCCUUUUAUAGACGUUUAUGUAAAGCCACAUUAAAAUUGCUUUCAAAGUUA